AUGAUCUCAAAGGCACCCGGCGCGACGGAGUACGUCCCGCCACACUUGCGACGUUCGAAGCGCACGCCAGGCGGUGUGAGCCUUGAUGCUAGCCCUUCCGCCAAGGAUCCACAGCCUGAGGCUAUCGCUAAGCCGUCGGAGGAAUCACCACCAGCUGCGUCCAGACGGGCACCGCCGCAUGCCCCUAUAAAUGACCUUCCGCACGAUCCUGCAAUCGCUCAGGCGUCGGGUCCAAUCCUUACUCACGCACAAUCCUCUUCUCAAGAGGCAAUGCAAGCCAACCCGAAGGACCCUAACGGCGUGGGUACUGGUCUUGCGACGCCAGCUCCUUCUUCUCUCGAAAUACCCAAGCGGGACCACAGCAAGCAUGCGUCGCCCAAGCAUGGCCAGACAACUGGCAGGCGUCUUCCUACCGCUGACCAGAGCCUUGGAACUAACGAGCGCGCCGCACCGCAGCAGCAACGUAAAGCUUCACGUCCUCCACGCGAGACCCGCAACCCCCGCUGGCCAAGUAACAAGGAGACACGGGCACCCAAGGAUGGGCCAAAACAGUGGUUGAGCACCUCUGAUAACGGAGGUUGGUCGGUCCACGAGGACCCUGGCAACGAUCCGGACUACGAUGUGAAGCAACUCAUGGACUGGACUGGCCAGUGGAUGAACGCGCCUGGUGACUGGGAGGGCCGUGGCAAGUACGACGAUCCCAACUUUAAGACCCGACUUGUGGGCUGGAUCGAGAAGCACGCGGAUAUACCCCAGCAUCCUAUAGACAUUUGCGACGACCAUCACAAGGAUUUCACCGCAAUCCAGAACGGCGAGAUGGUGAAUCGAGACUGGGUCCCUGUCACGAUCGGUGAUGACGUCGCCAAUGUCUGGUGGUCUAAGCAUCUCCGGACGGGCGCCGAGUGGCUUGAAGAUCUUCAUGACAAGCCCUUUUGGGAGAAGUACAUCUCUUCCACGUCCUGCCUCCUAGCCCCUCUUGCAGUCCCUGAUGCCGAACUCGAUCCUUCGGACGCCGAGUAUGCCCGCGCCCUUCAAGACGCAGGUAGUGAUGCCAAAACCAUGGAUGCAAUCAAGAAAGCGGCCUCUCAAGAGAAGCGAAGAAAACUCACCGAGAAGCAAGAGCGCCAGGCUAAGCUAGAGUCUAAGAAGGCAGCGGCGGCUGCAACAGUAUUUGAACCGUCGCAGAGGCCUAAGGUGAACAUCUACCUUCGUUUGGCACUCCCAGCGGAUGGAGGUCAGAUUGCUGAGAUCUACAAUUGGCACGUGGAGAACACUAUCAAUGUUCCCGAGCGUAGUCCACGCACGCGCAACAUGAUGCUCGAUCGUAUAGCGAGCUCAGUCGAGUUUAAGCUCCCAGUUCUUGUCGCCGUUGAAAAGGCUCAGCGAACCAAGGCUAAUCGCGGUCUCCCUUAUGUCCAAGAGAAGAUCGUUGGAUACGCCAUUGCAGACGACUACCACGACAUAGACGAGAUGAUGCGCUACACCGCGACGGCCGAGGUGUACGUUCACCACGAGUACUUCCAGAAGGGCGUUGGUCGAUGCCUCCUGGAUCGGCUUAUGCACCUAUUGGAUCCGGUCUACCAUAGCCGCGGCGCAUAUGAAUUCCUUGGCGAUGGCGGUCCUGAGACCUUGGCCGGCGGUCGGCGCGUGAUUGAGAAUGUCAUUGCCUACGUCAAUCAUGAGACAGCCAACCAUGAGAGAAUCAAAUGGAUUGAGCGUUGGCUGAAGCAGUGGGACUUCGUGAAGGUGGGAGAUCUUCCUGGUAUCGGCAUCAAGCAAGGGAAGAGGGUCAGCCAGGCAAUCUUUCAUGUCAAGACCGGCAGCAUUCUUAAUCCCGCGAACGCCCUCUGA